CCCCACGAGCCGGCGGCCGCCUCCUCGUCCUCCUCGAAUCUUUGCUCCCCGCACCGGCCCGGCGCGUUCUACGGCGAUGGGCGGCGACGGAUCGGAGCCUCGCCGGAGCCUCUCCCUGUUCCUGGAAUCCGGCGUUUACCGAUUGGAGGGCUCGGGAGGCGCGGUGUUCGUCGACCCCGUACGCGUCCUGAACCGUGCUCUGGCGCGGUUCAGCAUCUCCCCUUCCGCCUACUACUCCCGCUUCUUCGAGCCCGGACCGUCCGAAGCCGAUCGCGGCGGGUCGAACGGGAGGAAACGGAAGCGCAGGGCGAGGAAGCCCCUCGUCCUCAACGACCGCGAACGGGUCGCCGCUCAGCGUCACCAGGAGGCGAGGCCAUUUUUGGUUAAGGCGCAUGAAGCUUUAGUUGGAGCUACUGAGCUAAGGUCUCUCAUGUUGAAGAUGAAGGGCGAAGUCGCCACCGCGGAAGAUCGAAAAUUGGCGCCGCCCGGUGUUCCGCCGUCGUUUAUCGAGAUUGGGAGGCUCUGGCAAGCUCCUUUGUAUGAGAUAACGCUCAACUUCUCGCAAGAAAAGCCGACCGGAGAUGGAGGUCCUUCGAUAAUUCACAGCAAAGAGCAAAAAGUGAUUCCUAUAUUCAAUAACUUAGUUCAUAACGGAACAAAGGAUGAUCUGGAGGCUGAGUUCCUUGGCAGUCAAUAUGUCAUUCCUAGAGAAAGUUGCUUCUACAUGUCCGAUCUGCAGCAGAUCCACAGAAUGAUUCCAGUUGAGGGUGAUGCUCAUUUCCAUUUUAUAGUGAUAGAUCCACCAUGGGAAAAUGGAAGUGCCCAGCAGAAGUCAAGAUAUCCAACUUUGCCUAAUAAAUAUUUCUUAUCCCUCCCUGUUCAGCAACUUGCUCAUAGAGAAGGAGCCCUUGUUGCCUUGUGGGUGACUAACAGGGAGAAGCUCCGUAAUUUUGUUGAGAAAGAGCUAUUUCCUGCAUGGGGAGUCAAAUUUUUAGCAACUUUUUACUGGUUAAAGGUGAAAUCAGACGGAUCUUUGAUUUGUGACUUGGACCUAUUCCAUCACAGGCCAUAUGAAUGUAUUCUCUUGGGCUUCUGUGACAAGGAGGGUAUGGAUCCUAGAGAUCUGUCAAGAUUAAGUACUAUUCAAGAUAAAAGAGUGUUGAUGAGUGUGCCUGGGGAUUACUCAAGGAAGCCCCCACUUGAAGAGCUGGUUCUUGAGUACAUUCCAGGGACCAAGCCAGCACGGUGUGUUGAAUUAUUUGCUAGAGACAUGAGGGCUGGAUGGUGUUCUUGGGGGAAUGAGCCACUGCACUUUCAAGAGAUGAGAUAUUUUCAGAAGAGAGAUGCAGAUGAUGCUUGAUGUGGGCUUUAUUUGCAACAUUAGCAACCACAGGGAAGAAAUCAUCUCUCUUGCUUGCUGUAAGUUCUCUUGAUGAAGUAUGAUUGCAUAUGUAGUGACAUGUUGAAACCAAAGGCUUUCUUCAAGGGAUUUUGGUAAACUAUGGAUGGAUUUGAUCACUGCCUGAAAUUCACCAUUUCCCCGGUAUUCGCCAGAUAGAACUCAAGAGGAGUUGGAUUGACCAGAGAGAUGAUAAACAGCUGGAGGAGUUAGUAACACUUACUGGGGCUGCCACCUGUCAACCGGCCAUGUGUUGGCCUAGCACGCAUUGGCUGACAGAUCGACAAAUUAUGAGUAUGCACAGGGGGUUUCUGCUCCCUAGGCAUUUUCGUUCAGUCACAUUGUUAACCCAUCUGGGCCGAGGUCGUUUUAACAAACGGCUACCAAGCGGCUCAAUGGCGAGUGCACUAUUACGGCCUGAUUUUGUAAUUAUGACUGAUAGUAGUGACAAAAUUUUGUAGCUCGAAUAGAUUAUGAAUCUGUUUUCUUUUCCUAUUUAUUUGAGUAGUUCCCUAGGGCCAUCUAAUGAUUAAUAUUGCAAAAGAAACAGAGUAGACUAGUUGAUGCUGAUGUUAUAGAGAGAAAGGGAGGAACUUUUCAUUCCUCUCGCUAGUAA